CCCCUCAUCAUUUUCCUCUCUUUCUCCCAAACACAAAACCCAACAGGAAAAUGAUAUGGCACUCAUAGCCUAUUCACCCAAUCCUACAUCCCCUUCGUCUCCUCCUUGAAACCAACAAGAAUUCACACGCUCACAAAAAUAAUCGAUUGCUAGCCACAAUGAGCACUCUUCCUCCCGAGGCUCGUGCUAUUACUGCAGCAGCGGCUCCUGAUCUCUCCCUGCACAUCAGCCCUCCUUCGCCGGACACGGCCGUGGCAGCGGUGAAGAGGCACCACUUCCUGGAGGUACUACACCGGCCGACCCAGACCCAUGGGUUCAAGGAGAGCUCGUUUGCCGUGGCGAGGCCUGCGGGUGGUGGCAGGAAGAGGAGCUCGAGGGCUCCUAGGAUGCGGUGGACCACCGCGCUCCACGCGCACUUCGUGCGUGCCGUCCAACUCCUCGGUGGCCAUGAGAGAGCUACACCAAAGUCAGUCUUGGAACUGAUGAGCGUGAAGGAUCUUACACUGGCACACAUGUACAGAACAGUGAAGGGCACAGAUAAAUCAUGUGUUGCAGGCCACGGCCAGACCAGAGACAUGGGCUUUCUGAGAAGGGGUGCCAUUGGUGAUGACGUGAUCCCUAGAUUUCAUGAGUCCAACUGCGACAUGGUCAAUCAUACGACUAAUAGGAGGUCAGAUUCACCAGCUGGAGAGCAGGAUCAUCAGGACGCAUGGAAGAGACGGGCAGCAGCAGACGCAAUGGUGCCAUUGACGAUCUCCGAACCACGCCAGGAUCGCUUCCACACCGGAAAGCCGUCGCCAGCGAGCUACACCAGCAGCAGCAGCCGCGACGACGCCGAUGAUACCGAGAGCUUCAGAUGGUCAGCGGUGCCACGGCGGCGGCUGCGCUACCACGAGGGCGGCGAUGGCGGCUGUGCAGGUGACCGCCGUGAGCUGCAGUACCAGCAAGGCGCAGCCGUGGCCAUGGCACCGAGCCUGGAGAUGAGGCUGGGUAGGCAGGGGUGGCAGCAGAUGGAGUCCUCGGCGUCAUCAGCCUCCAAUGAGCUAACCCCGAUACUCAAAUGCUUGUGAAAUGAUUAUAAGAAGUACUCGUGGUAUUAAUAUGUUCUUAACUAAUUAACUAUAUUAGGCAAAGUAAACAUCAACAAAAGCAGGAGCAACCAACAUGUUCUUCUUGGUGUGGUUUUCCUUAGAUUUCUUUUUUAUAAAAGUUGCAAGGUGUUACUUCUGAUUCUUUGUCUAGAUAAUUGCGUUUGGACAGAUUAU